AUGGUUCCAGAUAUUCCACUAAAUGGACAUCGUACUCCUAAAAAGACACCAUUAAAUAAUUUCAAAGAAGAAGUACAAAGAAAUAAGAGUCGUGAGAGAACUCAAUCACCAAUUCCAAUUCCUGGUCCAUUAUCUGAUCCAAAUGUUCAUUUCCCAGCUUUAAAUAAACAAAAUGCAGCAACUGGUGUUAUUUGGUGUACAGAUAGAGCUAGUGAGCGUGGGUUCCCUAAUCCAAAUUGGGUCAAUUUAGGACAAGGUAUGCCAGAAACUGGUGAUAUUGAAGGAUGUUUUGAGAGACCAAAAAAUUUAAAUAUCUCUGUGGAAAGUCGUGAAUAUAGUCCAACUUCUGGUAUAAAACAACUUAGAACUGCAAUUGCAAAUCUUUAUAAUGAACAUUAUAGACAGGGGAAACAAUCAAAAUAUACUUGGGAGAAUGUUAAUGUUGCACCAGGUGGUAGAGCUGCUUUAACAAGAAUUGCUGCUGUUUUAGGUGAUGCUUAUUUAUCUUUUUUCUUACCAGAUUAUACAGCAUAUGCAGAAAUGUUGUCACUAUUUAAAAACUUUGCACCAAUCCCAGUCCCAUUAUAUGAAACUGAUGGUUAUAAAAUUGAUUUGAAGAUUAUUAAAGGUGAAUUGAAUAGAGGUGUUUCAGCAAUUUUAACUUCAAAUCCAAGAAAUCCAACAGGUCAAGCAAUGACAAGGGAAGAAUUACAUGAAUUACAUAAUUUAUGUAGACAGAAAUGUCUAUUAAUCAUGGAUGAAUUUUAUUCAAGAUAUUAUUAUGAUGGAGAAAUGGGUGAAUCAAUAAGUUCUGCAAGUGAAGUGGAUGAUGUUAAUAAAGAUCCAGUUUUAAUAAUUGAUGGAUUAACCAAGUUUUAUAGAUUACCAGGAUGGAGAGUUUCAUGGAUUGUUGGUCCAAAAGAGUAUAUAAGUGCUCUAAGUUCUGCUGGUUCAUAUUUAGAUGGUGGUACAAAUUAUCCAUUCCAAGAAGCUGCAAUCCCAUUUUUAGAGCCAAAUUUAGUUAAACAAGAAACUAUUGCCCUUCAAACACAUUUCAAAUUCAAAAGAGAUUAUUGUCUUGAUAGAUUGAUCAAAAUGGGAUUUAAAUUUGUUGUUAAACCAAAUUCAACAUUUUAUAUAUGGGUUGAUUUGAACCAUUUACCAGGGAAAUUAUCAAAUUGUUUAGGUUUUUUCCAUGAGGCAUUACAUGAGGAUGUUAUUGUUGUUCCUGGUAUUUUCUUUGAUUUGAAUCCGUUAUCAUUUAGAGAAUUAUCAGAUAGUGCAAUGUAUUCAUAUAUUAGAAUUUCUUAUGGUCCUGAAUUUGAAAAUUUAGUUAAAGGUAUGGAUAGAAUAGAGAAGAUCUUGCGUCGUUUCGAUGCCUUGCCUAAAGAUUAUGAUUCAUGA